CAGAAACCUAUAAUGCUGAAACGGAAUAUUGCUGCAAGGGAGUCGUCGUGGAAAAAAUCGGAGGGCAAUUUUGCGAUUGCUGUGGCACUAAAUCGUAUGACACACGCAAACAUCUGUGUUGCGACGAUAAAUUAGUUUCGAAGAACGAAGAAAAUGAUGACUGUUGUUGUGGAGACAAAUCAUUUGCAACGGCAAAAUCCGUUUGCUGCAAUGGGGCCGUUGCGCCGAAAGUUAAACAAAAUGGAACACUUUGUUGUGGAUAUAAAAGUUACGACCCUGAAGUUAAUGUUUGCUGUGAUGAUUUUGAACUACGGGUUGCCACCAAGAAAGGAGACAAUUGGUGUUGUGGAAUGAACACAUUUAAUCCACAAGCAGAUUUGUGUUGUGAUGGAUAUCCUAGUCCUAAAUUUAAGAAUAACACUGUGCUUAAAUGUUGUGGCAACACAACAAUCGAUCCAGCGAUAACCUUGUGUUGCAAUGUUGCUGCAAUGGUGAAAAAAUCGGACCCAGCAGACGAUUGUUGUUGCGGAAGUAAAACACUUAACUCCAAAAAGCAAAUAUGCUGCGGAAAUGUUCCCCAACCUUUGUAUGGACCAAGAACAACGUGCUGUGACAAGACAAGUUAUGAUAAAGACACUCAUGUUUGUUGCGAUGGAAAAGUCGUGAAGAAGAAUAAACCGACUGACGAUUUCUGUUGCGGCUCAACCACCUUUGAUACGAAAACUCAGAUUUGUUGCAUUGACAUGCCAUUCGGAAAGAAGGGACAAAAUACUGAGUGCUGUGGGCAGUACAGUUAUAACCCUGAUGAAGAGCUGUGUUGCUUAGGAAUACCCAGACCAAAGAGUGCUAAAGGCGAUGACUGUUGCUGUGGAAAUGAAACAAUUAACACGAAGUUUAUGGUGUGUUGCAAUGAACUGCCACAGAAAUCGUACGGCAAAAACACAAAAUGUUGCGGACAAACAAGUUAUGACGCGGAUACACAUCUUUGUUGCGGUAUGACCGUUGUAAAGAAAGAUAAUAAUGGUGACAAUUGUUGUUGCGGGAAAUUUAAUACCUACAAUACAUAUUCUCAAGUGUGUUGCCAGGAUAUGUUUCCAAGACCAGCUGUUGCUGGAAAGAAUACUUUGUGUUGUGAAAAACUAAGUUACGAUCCUAGCAAAGAAAUAUGCUGCAAAGGGGAAUUAAGAAAUAAAACAAACUCUGGCGAUAACUGUUGCUGUGGUAAAACAACGAUGAACAUUGAUAAACAGAUCUGCUGUGAUGGUGUUCCGCAAGAUUUGAAAGAAAAUAACACAGCUUGUUGUGGUUUUAAAUCGUAUGAUACGUCGGCUCAGAUUUGUUGUCAAGGAGCUAUAAGAACCAAGAAGGAUAAGAAAGAUGAUUGCUGCUGCGGCGAUCAGACAACAUAUAAUACAGGAAGUGAAAUAUGUUGCAGUGGAAAUCCCCAGAAACUUGUAGGAGGCAAGUUUACCGAUUGUUGUAAUGGCGUCAGUUAUGAUAUGACAAAAAGCCUAUGUUGCGACGGAAAAAUCGUAGCUAAAACGGAUGCAAAUGACAACGCAUGUUGCGGCAAAACAACACUUAAUACAAAUAAACAAAUAUGUUGUAAUUCAGUACCUCAGGUUUUAGUUGCUGGCACCAACACACAGUGUUGUGGUGUUCAAAGUUACGAUCCGGAUGCAAUGCUAUGUUGCGAUACAGGGGUCAUGAGAAAUAAGACUGGUAAAAACGACACUUGCUGUUGUGGCGACACUUUUACAAUGAAUACGCAAACUCAGGUAUGUUGUCAAGGUACCACCCCGCAGCCGUUGUUUUCUGGCAUUACAAAAUGUUGCGGAACACAAAGCUACGAUGCCUUUACACAUAUAUGUUGCGAUUUAAAGGUUUACAAGAAAAACAAGGACUCUGAUGAUACAUGCUGUGGUUCAACGCCAAUAACUUCAUCAGAACAAAUAUGUUGUAAGAAUGUGCCCCAACCUGGUGGUAAAUUCCAGACCUGCUGUGGCGUCAAGAGCUAUAAUGUCCAAACGCAGAUAUGCUGUAAUAGCGAAAUUCGCAAUAAGAAAGCAACUAACGACAAUUGUUGUUGUGGUAAUACAACUGCCGAUUUAGAAAAAGAAAUAUGUUGCAUCGAUAUGCCUAUGCCACUACGCGGUCAAACGCAGCCAAAGGAGUUCACUAGAUGUUGUCUGAAAGAGAGCUACGACAUUCGAACACAAUUUUGCUGCGAAGGCAUUGUUUUACCUAAGACUGCAACGGAAGACAAUUGUUGCUGCGAUAAAAAGACAUUUAACAGCAACUCACAGGUAUGUUGUCAAUCAAAAUUUGUCCAGCCCAUACGCGUAAGCGCUGCAUUAACACUAUGUUGUGGUGCAGAAAGUUAUAAUUCUAAUUCGCAUAUAUGUUGCGAUAACAACGAAAUUCGACAGAAGUCCAACUCAUCCGAUAACUGUUGCUGUGGGAAAACAACCUUCAACACUGGCUCACAAGUGUGCUGUGAUGGAACAACGCCUCAACCUUCCUAUGGUCCUAGUACACAAUGCUGCGAUAAAGUAAGCUACGAUCCUAAAAUGCAUGUGUGCUGCAAUAGCAAAUUGGUAAUGAAAUCAGACCCUAAGGAUGACUGUUGUUGUGGAAACAGAUCUAUUUCCUCGCUUACACAGAUCUGUUGCGAGGAUACACCACAAAACGUAGUCAAUGAAAAACAGUACACAUCCUGUUGUUACAAGAAGAGCUUUGAUACGAGAGAGCAACUGUGUUGUGAGGAAGGAUUACGUAAGAAAAGAAACAGCUCCGAUGAUUGUUGUUGUGGCAAAACAACGUACAACACAGAAACAGAAGUGUGUUGCAUUGGUGAGCCAAAGCCCGCUGUGGCGGGAAACAAAACGGCCUGUUGUGCUAGAGAAAGUUAUAGUCCGGACAACACGCUGUGUUGUGAUGGUAAAUUGAUAGGUAAGAAAAGUCCAGACGAAGAUUGCUGUUGUGGGGAUAUUGCAAUUAAUACAAAUACAACAAUAUGUUGUAAUGGAAAUCCAACGCCAUUGCAACCAGGUGGUGUCACGCUUUGCUGUCUGACAACUAGUUAUUCUCCUUCGACGCACAUUUGUUGCGACGGCAAAUACGUGCGACAGAAAACGAACGCCGAUCAUAACACGUGUUGCGGCGAGAAAGGAACUUACAAUGCCCAGAGCCAGUUAUGUUGCAAUGGAGUGCCGCAAAAUGCGGUCAACGGAAUAUUUACGGACUGUUGCGGCACUAAAAGCUUCGAUACGAAGUCCCAGCUCUGCUGUGACAGAGGCGUAACAGCGUUGAGAAACACUAAUGAUAACUGCUGUUGUGGGAACACUACAAUGAAUACGAACAGCGAGGUAUGUUGUAACGGCGUUCCAAAGACCCCUGUAGGAGACAUUAAAUACGGAACGUGCUGUGGAGAGUAUCCAAUGAAUACACAACUAGAACUUUGCUGUAAUGAGAAGGUUAUUAAGAAGGCAGAUGUAAAAGAUAAUUGCUGUUGUGGAACUACGACAAUUAACGCAUGACACACAGAUGUGUUGCGACGGAGUGCCACAACCGCGACUUACAAAGAGUUACGAAUGCUGCUUUAAGCAGAGUUAUGAUUCUUCAAAGGCAAUUUGCUGUGCAAAUACACCAAGGCCGAAGAAAACCGAGGCGGACAACUGUUGUUGUGGAUCCUCUACAAUGAAUACAGUCCGAGAUGUCUGUUGUGACGGUGUCACUCAGACCAAGAAAGGUGCAAAUACGAAAUGUUGCGGAUCCGUCAGUUAUAACGGUGAUUCCGAAUUCUGUUGCGAGAGAGGUAAUAUUGUUAAUAAUACCGUUCCGAAUCCGAACUGGUGCUGUGGCAACCAAUCUAUGAACACAGACGACCACAUUUGCUGCAAUAAUGUUGUUUGCACACGUUACGGAAAGAGCACAGCUUGUUGCGGUAGCCAGAGCUACAACACAACAAAAUCGGUUUGCUGCGAUGAUAAGAUUGUCGAUAUAUCGAAUACCGAUGACACAAUGUGCUGUGGCUCUAAAACAUUCAAUCCCAUUACAAAAAUAUGUUGUAUCGAUAUGGUUCAAACACGUAAAGUCGGGCUAAAUACCCAGUGUUGUGGAAGGAUUGCCUUUCGAUCCUGCUACCGAAAUAUGUUG